AUGGCAAAAUGUGUUGCAAAUUUGCAUAAGAGCGAUUGUUGCAAGAAAACACACCAAGAAAAGAAAAGAAAAAAGAAAAAGAAAACACUUUCACAUGUAUAUUCCCCUUCUCUCCAAACAAAAGAAAAACAAGAACAAAUUACCAACAAUCGGUGCAUCAAGCUCUUCUUCCUCUACCAAAACAACUCAAAAAGUGUCCAACAAAAGGCCUUAACAGGGGUUGGAAACCUCAUAAAACUCCUCCCAACAGGAAUAGUCUUCUUUUUCCAAUUCCUCAACCCUGUCAUCAUCAACAAUGGCAAAUGCAACACCGUUAACAAGUACCUCGACGCCAUUCUCAUCGGCCUCUGUGGCUUUUCUUGUUGCUUUACACCUUUCACUGAUAGUGAUGGAAAUACCCGCUAUGGGAUUGUCACUAAAAAUGGCCUUUGGCCAACUUCUAGUUCCUCAAGUUCCAUGGAUUUAUCAUCAUAUAAGCUAAGGUUUAGAGAUUUCGUACCCGCUUUCUUCGCUGUGAUUGUGUUCGCGGGUUUGUCUCUCCUUGAUACAAAUACUGUGAGGUGUUUCUAUCCGGAAUUUGAAGAUACAGAGAAAGUUCUUCUUCAAGUUUUGCCUCCUGUUAUUGGUGUGGUUUCGGGCUCUGUGUUUAUGUUGUUUCCUAAUACUCGCCAUGGAAUUGGAUAUCCUCAAAGUGAUAGUACAUCACAUGAAUACUAACUACAGAUUUCCUAGCUAAUGUUC